GAACUCGAGAAAGAAGAGGAUAACGAUCUGGCCAUCAUCCGAGAGCAGCGCAUCAAUGAAAUCCAGCAAGAAUUGCAACGACGGCAAAUGAUGGAAGAUAACAAACAUGGUGUAUACCUCGAAAUCGAAAAAGAAAAGGAGUUGAUGGACACUACGACGUCUGAAAAAUACGUCGUCGCCCAUUUUUUUCACUCAGAUUUUCGACGUUGUAAAAUCAUGGAUACCCAUUUGGAGACUUUAGCCAAAAAAUAUUACCAAACUAGAUUCUGCAAAAUUGAUGUUCAGAACGCGCCGUUCUUGGUAGAAAAACUUCAGAUCCGUGUUUUACCAUGCGUCAUGGCUUGGAUCGAUGGUUACGCACAAAUCAAGAUGGUUGGGUUUGAUGAGCUCGGUAACACUGAUAGCUUUUCAACCGGAUCGCUGGAAAUGAAGCUUAUUGCAGCUGGCGUUAUAAGACGGAAGGAAAAUCCAAAUAUGGAGGCUAAACAGAAGAGUAUAUUUCAGAGCACAGCAACAGGCUCGGAUUCCGAGUUUGAUGAUUAGAUAUUUACGUGGCUGUAAUCAGGAUGCUAAAUUCAUGGCAUUAAAAAAAUGUAUUUCUCCAUUAAAAAA